CAACCGAACAACUACGAAAAAAAGAAAGAAAGAAAACAUGGUUGUUUUUCAGCAUUCAUCCAACAUUAUUUAUAACUUUGUCUGUUUUCAUAGUUAAUCGUCUUAAUUAAUUAUGAAUGAUGUUUAUUAAAAGAAUUUUGAAACUUAAGUUUGUUAUGUAAAAUAAAUGUAAAUUUUCUAGAGGUUAGCGUCAAAGUGCUUGUGGAUAGUAAAGUUGUUAUUGGAAUUAAACAUGGUUUCUGUGCGUAUUCCAUGAUUUCAGUGUAGUUCAGAAUGGUUGUCGGUUCAGCGGCAUAUCCUGGGAGGCAAGUGCUCCACAAAAUGCAGCCAAUGGGCAUGACACCUCGUGAGCUGUCGGAGUAUGAUGACUUGGCGACGGCCCUCAUAGUGGACCCAUACCUCAACAUUACUACACAUAAAAUGAAUAUCAGAUAUAGACCCUUAAAAACGAAUAAGGAGGAACUAAAACAAAUAGUAAAAGAAUUUAUACAAACUCAGGAUUAUAAUAAGGCAUAUUCAAGAUUGGCUAGUGGGGAUUGGAUGCCAAGACAUUUCAGUAAAAAUAAACACCAACAAAAUAAACUCAGAGAACAUAUAAACCGUUAUCUCAGAGUGUUUGACAAAAAGGCUGGUUUUGUUAUAGAACCAUGUUACAGAUAUUCUCUUGAAGGCAGAGUUGGGGCAAAAAUUUCCACAACUAAAAAAUUUUUUAAACAUGAGAGAAUAGAUUUUUUAGUAGGUUGUAUUGCAGAGAUGACAGAAGAUGAAGAAAAGCAAUUACUUCAUCCAGGCAAAAAUGACUUUUCUGUUAUGUAUAGUUGUAGAAAAAAUUGUGCACAGUUGUGGCUUGGACCCGCAGCAUAUAUAAAUCAUGACUGCAGGCCUAAUUGCACAUUUGAAGCUACUGAUCGUGGUAAGGCAUUUGUUCGUGUUCUAAGAGACAUUGAGGUUGGUGAGGAAAUAACAUGUUUUUAUGGUGAAGAUUUUUUUGGAAAUGGCAAUUGUUAUUGUGAGUGUGAAACUUGUGAAAGACGUGGAAAAGGAGCCUUCUCUGUGAAAAGUCCUCUAAACGAUGAGCAAGCAACACGGUAUAGAUUUAGAGAAACUGAUAAUAGAAUUAAUAGAACUAAAGCUAAGCAAACUCAGAAAAUUAAUGAUAAGAUACCAGAUAAGCCUCGAAUGACAAGUAGACAAAAUUCUAGUAUUGUAUCACCUCUUAGUAUGAAAGAAAUGAAAGAAAAAGGAUUAACAAAAUAUGAUGCCGAGCUUUUGAUUGCUCAGGGUUGUAUUGCUGAUAUUGUUGAUGGGUCUAUUAAUAAGCAACCACAAGGUAGCCGGGAAUCGUCAGCAUCCAGCCGGGGUGAAAGGCUGCGUCGAAGAACUGAUAGUAGUCGUAUAACAAAUGGAGUGGUACCAACUUCAAAGAAUACCAAACGUGUGCCCCCAUCCAGAUGUUGCAGCACAACCAGUUCCCGUAGUAGUUGGGACUCUCAUAGUGGGAUUGUUUUAAGAAGUCACAAACGCUUACUUGAUUCUUGUGCUAUAACCAAUUGUGGAAAAUUGAAAAAUAAUAUAAAACAGGAGACUGAAUCAAAAUUAGAAAGAAACCUUAACACUCCUCAAGAAGAAACUGACUUGCCCAGUUCUGUAGAAAAUGAAAAAGUAGUUAUAAAAUCUGAACCAGGGCAUGAAAAUUUAAGGAAUAAUUGUGUAUCAGAAGCAGAUUCUGUAAUUGCUGUUAAAAUUGAAAAUAUGGAUGGUGAUUGUAAUGUGAAGGAAUCUCUACUACAGAAUAUGGAAUUGAGUUCAUCUUCAGAAGUUAAAAUGGAAGAUCCGCCUUGUAAUACAAAGUCAGAACAAAAGGGUGAAGGUGUUGAAUGUACAAGUGAUGCUUGUUCUAAAAGUGAGAUUUAUGACUUUAGAGAAAAUGUUAAUCCUAGUGAAAAUGAUUGUAAGUUGAGCAAGGGCAACAAAAUAGAAUCUAACAGAACACAAGAGACUAAGAAAGAAUUAGAUUCAGGUCCUCCUUGGUUAGCUGACAAUUCCAACAAAGGCAGUGAGUAUCCAUGCACUCCACCAAGGAGAGGAUUAAAGUUGACAUUACGUGUGAAGAGAAGUCCUGUUGUGGAAGAAGUUAUGGAUUGUGGAACCACAGCAGAGGUUCCUGAGUAUGAGGUGUUGCGUUUGGAGGGUGUAGACCCUGAGACAGUGCGCCGUAUGAAGAAGCGACGUAGGUCGAAAGAGCGACAUCGGAAGCAUAGUCCUAUCCGUCCCUUGCCCCCCAUGAAACGUCUGAGGCUGAUCUUCGGCAAUGAAAGUCGCACUAUUGACUUGCCUCCUGCUAUAUCAGCAGACUGACCGCAACUACCUUAUGGUAAUGUCUCCACCGUUAUUAUUCAAUUAUUAGUUUAAUUUUUGCUGACUAGGACUUUAUGUCUAGUAUUUAUUUUCAUGAUGUGAAAUCCUGAUUUUAAGUAUUUGUGUGAUAGGCAUCAAAUUUUUAUUUGAUGAUUCCAGGAAAUAUUUAUUAAAACGAAAAGUAUAAAAGUUGUUAUUUCAUUAGCACUAAUUUAUUAUUUCCCAAUUUUAUGGCACAUAUACAUUAUAUCAAAUAAGUUUAAUUACUUAAGUAAAUGUAUAUUCUACUUAAUAAUUAUUUCCAUUUGAAAUGGGAGUAUUACUGCCUUUACUUUAAUAUCUUAUUUGAUGAAGAGGUAUUUAGAUCUGUUCUCCUGAUUGCAUUAUGAAAUAUCUUAAAAGCAGAUUUGUAAAUAUUGCAUGUGUGAAUGCAUUGAAUUUGUAUGUAUUUAGUCAAUAUUGAUCGAUUUUCGUUGGAGCAUUAAAACUAUGAAUAACACCAAA